AUGUUAAAUAUCUUGGACCUCGGUUUCCUUAGUUUAGCUUUUACUGUUGCAUUUACUGGGUUCGUAAUUAAUCAUUAUGAAAAGCACGUACCGGCCUUUAUUAUCAAAGGAUUUAAAUACGGCAGUUUUGCAUACCAAGGUUCCGGCGCUAAUUAUCUUCAAAUAAUCGAAGUACCAAAAGCUCUGUAUCGUCAUUUUUACGCUUUCUCUUCUGUAUUUAGUGGAGUGACUUUAUUGUAUGCAUUUUUUGUAUACUGCUUCGAAUUCAGUGUUCAUAGAUACAUAGUUGUUAUACUAAAAUUGUUGUUGGAGCAAGAUGAGCCAUCAGUUUCAGCACCAGCAGUCCUACUGGCUCUAUCUCUCCUCACAAUACAAUGUAUAAGGAGAUGUUAUGAGACUUAUUACUUACAAGUCUUUGCUAAGUCUAGUAAAAUGAACUUAAGCCACUAUUUAGUUGGAUUAGUUCAUUAUUUUGCUGUCAUUGUUGCUGUUGUCGGACAAGCACCUUUGUUUUGCGGACCUCACAACCAAGAAAAAGUAACUUGGAAUGACACAAAAACCUUAAUACUGUCUGUACCUUGCACAAUAAUCUUUCUACGGGCCUGGUAUGAACAAUAUAAAUCAAAUAUAAUAUUCGCUAAUCUUAGAAAAGAUAAGAAAUCUGGGGAAGUUGUUACAGAAGAACAUAAAAUACCCCAUGGAAGGCUUUUUGAGCACAUCUCAAGUCCCCAUAGACUGUGUGAAAUAAUUUUAUACAUUGUAUUGGUUUUGUUGAUACCGACAAGGACAUUCUUUUGCAUAUUUUUAUGGGUCAUCGCCAAUCAGGUACAAACAGCAAUACACGCUCACGCUUGGUACAAGAAAACAUUCAAGGACUAUCCCAGUAACAGAACGGCUCUUAUCCCAAAAGUACUG